AUGCUACGCUCUAGAUUGGUAAAAAGUACGUAUUGGUCACGGGUCCUGGCGGGUCCCAGACUCUGGUACUCCACACAGAUGGCAAUGACCCGAGAAGAGAAGAUGAUCACGGAUAAACUACAACUGGAACUGGAGCCUGAAGUGUGUAGAGUGCAAGACGUUUCCGGUGGCUGCGGAUCCAUGUUUGCCAUCAGCGUAACAAGCAAGAAGUUCAAUGGGCUGAGUCUCAUCAAGCAACACCAACUGGUGAACCGGAUCCUGAAAGACGAUAUUUCCAGAUGGCAUGGCCUGCAACUAACCACUAGGAAGCCAAGUGCGAAGGAUUCGACACCGUCAUGA